CUAUGCUCACUAAGGGAAUUAAAUAAAAGCUUAUUUUGUUUUGUUUUUGUCUUGCUGCAAUAAUAAGGCAGCUGUUUGAAGAUUUCAAAGACGAAGAAAGAAAGGCUCUUAGAAGACUAAAUGCUAUAGGCUUCCUUUACUUAAACAUGGCCAUCAACACAGACACAGAAUAUCAGAAGACCAACUUGGGAGAAAGUGGAGGAACCACCCAGCAGGCAGACUCCCAGGAGACAGAGAAACUACUGGCUGUGACCACUGAACCGGGGGGCAAUGGAAUGAAGAUGUCCACCUCUUUCAGUGCGAGUGGGGACAAAGGCUUGGACACUGACCAGAAUGGACACAGCGUUCCCAUGAGGUCCGGUUCGGCUGGACUCCUGACUGCAGCCGCACCUCUGUCUCCGUCUCGGGCCAGUUUAAGCCGCUCCUCCACUGGAAAUGCCACUGUCCAAGAGGCCCCCAAACCCAAGGACUACCUCAUCCUGGUCAUCUGCUCCUGCUUCUGCCCUGUGUGGCCCAUCAGCAUUGUGGCACUGGUUUAUUCCAUUAUGUCCAGGAACAGUCUCCAGAACGGGGACAUUGAUGGCGCUCGGAGACUGGGGCGGCUGGCUCGCCUCCUCAGCAUCGUGUCCAUCAGCCUGGGCCUACUCGGCAUCAUAGUCUUUGUUACAGUGAAAUGGAGGAAGUAGUGUGGAUGCAACAAGAGUGAUUUUUUUUUUAAAUAUGUAUAUUGUAAUAACCACUGCAAAAACAACUCAUCAAGCUACAGUUUAGCUUUGAUUUAUUUGUAUACAUCCUAUGGGGAUACAUGCUUGCCAAAUUUUAUGACAUUGUGAUACUAAUGAAUAUUAUGUAUUUAUUUUGUUUAUUUAAUAGAAAAAUAACAUAUUUUUUGUUACUAUGAUUUACUAUCACCAUGCGCAAUAGCAAGGUUUCAUUAUACUGGACUUCACAAUAACAAGCCUGGACUCUUGUCUUAAGCUCUUCCAUUUACCACAGCUUCUUUUGGAUUUUGAAAACUUCAGUCUUAACUUUACUGCAGCAAAUAAGCAAAAACAUUCAGAGAAAAUGAAAUGCAUGUGUUGAAAUACAACAAUAUACUGUAUGCUUGAUAAAACAAGAGAAUCAAAACAGACAAUAGAUGGAAUGGAAAAAUGUUCUUCAUGUGUACAAUAGGACAACUCAACAUUUUUGAACAUUUGGGGGAAAACCAAAUGAAUUUCCAACCUUGGACUGAUGCAAAUACUUAUGGUAAAAACUUGUGCAUUUACUGUUACAAAAAUACAAACUAUAUAGCCUUGAACUUUUUUUAAUAUGAAUAUCAAGUGGUGCUGGGUGGCACUGACUGAAAAUGUAAGGGUGAGUGAGGUGGUCAUGGGAUGUGAUGAAUUUAUAAGAUAUGGGCGAUUCAACUGCAUGUUUGAAUGUAAUGUACUACAGACAUUUGUUAAGUCAGAGAGGCUAAAGGUUUGCACAGGAACUAUAGUGUGACUUAUUUGUGUAAAUAAUGUCAAGCUAUAGAUGAAUGACUUCUCAUUGACAAUGCAUGAUAUCCUUUACCUGAUGGAGUGACUGCUGCCUGUUCAAUUUUCUUUUUAUAAUGUACUUUGUAAAUGAUUCUUCAUUCCACAUAGUGUAAGUCUGCCGUUUUGCAUACAUUUAUAAUGUUAACCCAAGAAACAAAAGAUUGUUGUCAAUCACUGUUUUGGUAUUUUUAACCUUAAAUGUGUUUUGAUUUUGGCAAUAUACUCUAUGCAAUGUGAAUGCAUGCUUGGUCAAACUUUCUUUUCAUUCAUUUUUUUUUUUUGUAAAUUAAUCUGCUAUACAGUUUCACUGUGUAACAUUGAGCAUUUAAAUUUUUACAGUAAUACAAGCACGACUGUCUGUAUUCUACACUCACAUUUAACUCAGCUGCUGUAGCCUCUUGGCAGUACCAGGCUUUUGCUAAAAGCACAUGUUAUCACUGUAAGUGUAAACCCAUGUGAGCCAUAAGAAAUCACUUUCUCUUGCAUUCUAUAUUCUCUAUUCUAGCCAUCUCCCCUUUAACAUGACUAAACUAUAGCCUAUACAUAAUAUACUUCAUUGUGUAUUCAAGGGCUUACAAGAAUACAUCAGAACUAAAAUAUUGUGUAUAUAGGAUAUUUACUUUGAAGUCAGUAACAAAAAAACAAAACAAAAAAAUGACCCCACCAUUUUGCAAUGGAUUAACAGGUACUGUAUUGGAAAUAUUGAGAAUCACCAGCUCAAUAAGGUUUGACACUAUUUAACUACGCAGCAUAUUAAAACUGUCACUGGCCAAGCAUUUCCAUGUAUUUACCCUGUUCUCCCUGUACAUAUGUGACACCUUAAAACAGCAACAUCCAAAGACUAAGCGAUAUAUGUAAUCUCAAAGAAUUAAAGACAAAUCGGUGGUCAAAUUCUUUAGCUCUGUUCUUUUUUUUUAUGCUUCGAUUCUUACCAUCUUCUUCUCCCGUUUGAAACUCUUUAUGUUACUGAUCUCAUAUGUGCUGUACAUUUGUGCAUGUCUGGAAUAAACAUUGCCAUGCAAAGG